AGCACAGCAGUUUUAUCAGAAAACAAUCCCAUUUCUUCUCACUCUGCAAAAUUAUAACCACCCUCAGAUCCUAUAUAAGACUCAGAUUAGCAGGCAGAUUUCACUCAGUUAGGAGCAAGAAGAUGGCAAGCGCAGGCAGCAAAAGGCCCAGAGACCCCUCUGCUCAGGGGUUAAAGGUCAAGUUUCUGAUCAAUAUACCUUUGAAGGUGAAUUCAGAGGAUGAUGCACAGAAAAGGUGUCGUUAUCUACUCGAUGCCCUAAGUGAAGGCUUUAAGGAAGAGGAAAUGAAAUUUAUGAAGGACAAGAGUGGCAAAGAAGUGCUGGAAGACGUAGCCGUGGUUAUUGGCAUGAAUGGAAAACACAGCCCAGAACUAGUUCAGAUCCUGAAGAAGCUCAAGACCUUCAGGUACGACUGUAAAAUUAAGUAUGCUAUAAUCACAUACACCUGGGGAACAGGUGGAACAAUAGCGCAAGACGCGACUGAGCCACCGUACCAGCAUAUUCGAGAGCAUCUGAAAGAUGACGGUGCUACAAAAACACUUGUGGAGGAAUUGAAAGGGGAUGACAGAAGUUGUUUGGUUUACUUCAGUUUUGUUGAUAGCGACACUAUCAGAUUCAACUUCAUCUACAGUGAAUACUUACAGAUUGUGAGAGAGGAGCUGAAGAAAGACUCCAUCCCACCCACCGUGAUGUCGACUGGUUAUGAGUUCCACAGCAGCAGCGACUAUCACAUUGCGAGUUGGCUGGACCGCAUGGUUCGUGUAACCGUGGCAGAGGUCAAUCCUCUCUUUGUGUACUACCCAGAGCCCAACUUCUGCGUUCUAGUGCGUGAUGGACUCAACACCAUAAAGGAGAGUUUCAUCCAAAAAGGAAGACGGAAUAUGGAGUCACCCAUCCUGAUCAACCGGGUCAAGACACGUGCCAAUUUUAAAGCUGUGUUUUCAGACGGAAACCCUAUCAUCAUCGCUAUUCCGGACAGAUUUACGCUAAGUUGCCAAGGCCUGAAGACUGGACAGUCGAUGCUGGAUGGGAUGAAUUUGGCAAAGGGUGCAAACUGUCAUAGGGUGCUCACAAAUUAUCAAACAUUUAAUAAAGCGGGACCAAAUGAAAGCACAAAGAAGCAAGGAAUUACUGGAAAAAACAGAGGGUUCAUCAUUCAGUUAUAUAACGCUAAAAAUGAGCAGGAAUUAGAGCAGCUGAGUAAGAAAAAUCCGUUCACCAUAGACGGAAAUGAUGCUACAAUACUAGUUAACGCUAUUAGAGAAGCAAGAGAAUACAAAAACUUUGUUCUUGAAUUUAAUGAAAAGCUCCCUGGAAAUAAUUAAAUUUAAACUUGUCUGUUUUUACCAUGGUAAAAACUGAUGAGCUUAAAUUGCCCUUAUUCUGACUGCCUGUUUUUAUAUGUUGAUACAUUUCUACUAUACACUCGUGCGGCUUUAAUCAUUUAAAUGGCAUUGUUAAUGUUGAUUUAUUAUAUCUAACAACAUAGUUUACUUCAUAAUGAAAUCGCACGCUUAACAUAAACACAGUAACAUUACAAUCUGAGACUAAAACAUAUUGGCUUGGAGACGUCUGGCUGUAAUUUGCAGCUAAAUUGUAGUAUUAUUAGUAUAAAACAAUAUAGUACAGUAAUAUCAGUAAUGAAAAUCCAAAGGAAUAAUCAUUUUAAACUCUCACCUGAAAAUUAUUUCUAAAUUGCAAAUAGAUAUUUUAGGUGGGUUUUGCCUUUAAUAAUUUUAUGUUUACUAAUUACUAGUGUGCAUGCUAACAUUACACAAUUUACUUAUUUUACUCUAUGUUUUAGAUUGUGAAUCUGAAUCAGGAACAGCCACAAUAAUUAGGUCCUGUUUUGUGUAAAUGAUAUGUGCAAAUUUUAUGACACAUAAAUCACACUUAAUCAAAUGUGUUCUUAUUAAAGUGGCAUCUAAUGAUGUUUGUUUUUGAUCUGCUGAAUAAUUCAAAUAUAAAUACAUUCUGAAUUAUAUUUACUCUUUUACAUUUAUUUCCCAACUGUAUGACUGCAUUGGUUGUAUGUGAAUCCUGAUUCCAAUAAAGAUAAAAUGAUGCCAUAAA